CACACACACAGCCUGCACGGUGAUGAACGCUUUCCCAGUACAUUCUGAAAAACAGUGAAGGUAAUAGAUUGUAACAGCCGUUUAUCGCGAACGAAGUUUUGAAAAGUUCCUUUAGAACGCGACGGUUCCUUUGAAAAACAGUUCAGUCGAGUCAGAGUCGAUCGGAAAUAGUGACGUGUGAUUGUGUUUCGCGGAAUAUUUCUGCUCUAAAGCAAUCAUAGCCAAUAACAACAACUAAAAGUAACUUCAAUGCUUGUGAAUAAGAGGAGGAGAUGUGCACGGCACAGGACAUGCAUCAGCGGCUGCAGGAGGAAGGAUUGGAUCCUUUGGCCUCCAGUGAUGAGCGUUUGUCUCUGUUGUGGCAGCUUUACAUGAGCUGUGAAAAUACAGUCAAAUCCCUCAACCAGCAGAUACAAGACCUACAGAAGGAACGUGUCGCAGAGAUUGAAAAGGUUCAGCAACACAUCAGUCAAAUCAAGAGUCUCACAAAGACCCGAGACUCAGUGGCUUUAGGUCUGGAGCAGGAGAACCAAACGCUCCAUGCAACUCUGGAUGACAUCAACCAGCAGCAAGAGACUCAGAGGAGCGAGAUUGCUGAGAUGUUGCUUCAGGAGGGUCUGGCUGAUAUCAUUCCCAUCAGCCUCAGUGAACAGGUUGCUUACCUCCUCGCAGACCGAGCCUCGCUGCUGGAGAAAAUGCAGAGCCGGGAGGAUGUAGAGGAGAUGAAGCUGAUGCAGGAUCAUGAAGCUCUUAAGCAGAAAACCUCACCGAGUCAUGUUGAGAAUGUGCUCCAUGUGGCACCACUACACAUUCAGAGCCCUUGGAGGAGGCUCCUGGGUCUCAGAAAAGCAGCUCAGAGUAAACAGAAAUUAACACCUCAGGCUACUGAAAUGCUGUACAGUGUGGAUGAUAAACUGAAGGAGCGGACGCUGCAGGAACUGGAGAGAGAUGUAGAAGAGGCUUCUGCUCGACUCGCUAUGGCCCAUAAGGAGAUCCGCAGACUCACAGAUGAGCUUGAAUCUGCUCACCUCACACAAAAGGCUUAUGAGCCCGAGUUGCAAGAAGCUCAGCUGGAAGUUGAGCACCUUCGACAUGAAGUGGAGAAACUGAAACGCUGUGAAGUUGCUGAAUUGCGCAAAACAAAAGAGAUAAACCAGAAACAGGAGGACGAGUUGUGCCAUCUGAGGCAGAUUGUGAAGAGACUACAGACAGAGCGUGUGCAUUUACUUCAAAUGGGGAAACCUGAGCACAUGGAGGAAACCCACGGCAACAGAGGGAGAACAUGCAAACUCCACACAGAACUGCAAAAUGGCCGAGCCGGGACUCAAACCAGCGACCUUCUUGCUACAGAAACAUCGGACAGCACCGUCACUCCAUCCAAAAACAAGAAACCGCAGGAAGAGGAAGUCCAUAAACGGUGUGUUGAUGAGAUGCAGGAGCGUCUGCAGGAUCUGACGCAGGUCACACUAAAGCUGCGGAUGGACUUUGAGACAGAGACGGAGCUGCGGAGGAGAGCAGUGGACGAGUGUGAAGAGCAGAAGAAGAAGAGGAUGGAGGCAGAGCAGCUGGUCAGAAACUUCCAGACGCUCUGCGAGAAACAGACGGACGAUUACAGGAGCAGCAUCGGCGGCCUUCAGGUGGAGAUCAGAGAUUUAGUAAGUAAAGUACGAGAGCUGGAGGUGCAGGACAUGGAGAGACAGUGUGACAAACACCUGAAGCAGGUGUCGUGUUUGCAGGAUGAGGUUUGCCGGCUGAAGUUAGUCCUGCAGGAGGAGCAGGAGAAGAGCAAGCAGAUGCUCAUAAACAUGCAGAUGGAGAUGGACCAGGCCAGAGCGCUGGUGCAGUCUCAGGAGAUCCAGCUUCAGAAAGAUGCAGACGAGCAGAAGAGUAUGAUUGAGGAGCUGAAGAGUAUCCAGAAGAUCCUCAACACCACCAAACAAGAACUGCUGAUGCAGAGGAGAAACAACACAAAACUGCAGAACAACAUCAGUGACGAGCAGCAGGAGAACCUCAGGCUCCAACAGGACUUGCAGAACAGAAUAACCAGCAGUCAACAGGACAGCGAAUCUCUGAGGACUGAACUUCAACUAGCUCUAGUGAGCGUGGAUGCUGAGAGAAGUAAAUACAACGACAAGCGAAUCCACUACAAAAACAAGCUGAGCCGAGCCAGAGCGCUUUACCUGAGAGAGACGAGCCGGCGUGACGAACAAAUAAAAGACCUGGAGAAACAGAUUUGCAUUCUGCGGAAACAAGAGGAAAAGAUGUCACACAUGAUGAAGAUGGUCAUGUCUGAAAACCAGAGUCUGCUUCAGAACAACACAGAUCUGCUUCUACAGCUGCACGAUUCUGAAGAGAUUCAGAAAAACACUUCACACAUCGUCUCCACCAUGCAGAGGAGGAUUAAUUUGCUUGAAGAAGAAAACAGUCGACUACAACAGACAACAGCACAGAUGUCUGAGCACAUCGAAUGCCUGACGACACUGGCGGAGACCGACUGUGAUGAUGAAGUCAGUGCUGGGAGUCGUGUUAUCGAGGGUGAAGACCAAACCACUCUCCCUACAUAAACAUCUUCAUUUCUCUUUUCAUUGUGAAUCAUUUAAAUUAUUUUUGUAAACUCAAAUAUUUCUAAAUAAAUGUCUGCGUCUAGAUCACAACAAAA